AUGAGUGACGUUAAUGUUAUAAAGUUAAUCAAUAAAAUACGAGAUGCAUGCGCUUCCAUUGGAUGCAGUAAAAAUUUAGAUUUACCACAGAUCGUUGUCAUGGGUGAACAAAGCUCUGGGAAAUCUUCAGUAUUAGAACGUAUUGUUCAACGUGAUUUUUUACCUCGAGGAAGUGGUAUCAUUACUCGCUGUCCUCUGAUUUUAGAGCUUAUUACACUUGACUCAGAAAAGGAUAAUUGUUAUGUGGAAUUUUUACACCUACCUCAUCAACGAUUUUAUGACUUUAACCAAGUUAAAAAGGAAAUCAUAAGCGAAACUAAUCGUAUAGCUGGCACUAACAAAGGAAUCUCAAAAAAUCCUAUUCAUCUCAAAAUUUACUCAGUUAAUGUGCUUAAUCUAACGUUGAUCGACUUGCCUGGAUUAACAAAAUUUCCUUUAGGUGACCAACCUCAAGAUAUUAGUACACAAAUUAACAAUUUAGUUUUUGAUUAUAUCGCCAAACCAAGCAGCAUUAUUUUAGCAGUGACCCCUGCAAACGUUGAUCUGGCCAACUCCGAUAGUUUGAAGCUGGCGAGACAAGUAGAUCCUACAGGACAAAGGACGAUUGCAGUGUUAACAAAACUAGAUUUAAUGGAUGCUGGGACAAAUGCGUUAAAUAUUUUGACUGAAAAAUCAUUUCGAAGUUUAUUUAAAUUAGGUGUUAUUGGAGUUGUUAAUCGUAGUCAACAAGAUAUUCUUGUAGAUAAGCCUAUGGAUGUUGCUAUUAAAUCAGAGCAAUUAUUUUUUGAGAAUCAUCCCUCUUAUCGAGCUAUAGCUGAAAAGUGUGGGUCUACUUACUUGAUAAAACAUUUGAAUCAUAUUCUUAUUGAUCAUAUUAAAGAAAAACUGCCUGAUCUUCGUUCUAAACUAAGCACACUUAUUGGACAAACUCAACAUGAAUUAACACAGUAUGGUGAUCCUGCUUUUGUUGGUAUAAUGCACCAAGGUUCGCUUAUACUAAAACUGUUGACCAUGUUUUCUAAUGAAUUUGUAUCCUCAAUUGACGGUACAUCAUCUGAAAUGUCAACAAAAGAAUUAGCUGGAGGUGCUCGAAUUUAUUUUAUUUUUAAUUCGAUAUUUGGAAAUGCAAUUGAUGAUAUUCAACCUUGUGCAAAUUUAUCAGAUGCUGAUAUACGUACCGCAAUACGAAAUUCUUUGGGAUCUCGUUGCUCUCUGUUUAUACCUGAAAUAGCAUUUGAUUUACUUGUUCGACCUCAGAUUAAAUUACUAGAAACUCCUUGUUUAAGAUGUGUUGAUUUGGUUUAUGAAGAAUUAUUAAAAAUUUGUCUUAAUACCUGUAGUAAUAACAAUAAAGAAAUGGCUCGGUUUCCAAAACUACAUACAAAAAUGAUAGAGGUUGUAUCGGACUUACUUCAUGAACAAUUACUACCUACAACUCAAUAUAUCGAAAGCUUGAUUUCAACAGAGUGUGCUUAUAUUAAUACAAAUCAUCCUGAUUUCCCGAACAUUUCAGAUGUCUUACUUGAUAUUCAAAAGAAAUAUAAUUGCAAAGAACGAGAACGAGAUCGAGAAAAAAAGAGGAUAAAAAAUACGAGUAAUAACAGGAGAAUGAUACGUCAACGAGACUUAGUUAUUAACAGUCAGUCAAUAGCACAACAAAAUGAUCCAGUUUCGCCUCUGUCACCGUCACAACCCUAUCGCAAUCCAAGUCGUUCUAUGUCUAUCUCUUCUAUUAAUUCUUUUGAUACUACAUCUUCUUUACCCUUAAGGGAGCCCUUCUCAAACUUAUUAUUUGGUGGUGGUAGUAGUAGUAAUAAUAAAAGCUUUUUGUCAAAAACGGAACAUACUGCUAUAAAGCCAACAGGACUGUCACAAUUGUUAAUUACUGGAAAUGGAGGAUUAAUGACUGAGCAACAAUACCACGUAUCCAAGACAACUUCAAUAUCUGUAACAAGCCUACCAAAUAAAGAAAUUAAUAUUCAUGACGAUGAAAGAGAUGAAAAGAUAAUUGAAUUAAUACGCUAUUUGAUUAUUGCUUAUUUUAACAUUGUUCAAAAAACAAUCAAAGAUAUAGUUCCAAAGGCCAUAAUGCAUUUAAUGGUUAAUUUUACAAAAGAAACUGUACAUAAUCGACUUGUAUCAUGUUUAUACCGUGAAGAUUUGUUUAAAGAUCUCUUAAAAGAAGAUACAGUAAUUGCUUCUGAGAGAGAACGAUGCAAAAGAAGAAUUAUAUUCUACAGCUAG